GCCACGUCCUGAAUCAAAGGCUAAAGCGGAGAGCUAGAGUUGUGUCGUUUGUCAGCAGCCCACCAGUGACAUGAGCAGGAGCAGGGAAAUAGGUGAAAACCGGGCACAUGUGUGCGGGUAUUGAGAAUCCUGAGACGUCGUAUAGACAAGGUUGGGCCGAAGAGCUUGUCAUCUAACUCAGAUGCCACGUGACCUGACGUUACGCAGCAAAGAUCAGUCGUCUUUACAAAGGAGGAGAUCGUUAGCUUGGGUGGAGCAAUGGCAUUCCAGUGCUGCUCCAUCCUAGGGAAGGUUCUUCUGACCUUGGGACUGGUACUUAUCUACUAUUGCUUUUCCAUCGGCAUCACUUUCUACAACAAGUGGCUGCUCAAGAGUUUCCAUUUUCCUCUCUUCAUGACACUUGUGCACCUGAUAAUGAUCUUCCUGCUGUCGGGAUUCAGCCGAUUGCUAAUGGCUUGUUACACCAGUCAUCCGCGGGUCAUACUGCCCUGGAAAGACUACCUCAAGAAAGUGGUACCCACAGCUCUGGCCACGGCCCUUGACAUUGGACUUUCCAACUGGAGUUUCCUGUACAUCACUGUAUCUCUGUACACAAUGACAAAGUCCUCCGCUGUCCUGUUUAUCUUGUUUUUCUCGCUGGUGUUUAAGUUGGAAGAGAUGAGGCCGGCCCUAAUACUUGUGGUGCUGCUGAUCUCAGGUGGCCUAUUCAUGUUCACAUUUAAGUCCACACAGUUCGAUACUGGUGGUUUUGUCCUGGUCCUUGCGGCAUCAGGUCUUGGUGGUGUCCGGUGGACUCUCACCCAGCUCCUAAUGCAGAAAGCAGAGUUAAGUUUACAGAAUCCCAUAGACACAAUGUACCACCUGCAGCCUGUAAUGUUUCUCAGCUUAUUUCCUCUGUUCAUUGGAAUUGAAGGAUUUCAUGUUGCUACGUCAGAGCAGCUCUUCUGUUCCCAAGACACUCACCAGCUGUUAACUCUUAUAGCUACCCUGGCUUUGGGGGGAUUUUUAGCCUUUGGCUUGGGAUUUUCUGAGUUCCUCUUGGUGUCCAAAACAUCCAGCCUCACACUCUCCAUCGCAGGCAUAUUUAAGGAGCUCUGUGUUCUCCUGCUGGCAACCCACUUACUUGGUGAUGAGUUAAACAUCCUGAAUUGGCUGGGAUUUGCAGUCUGUAUUGCUGGCAUUGCUCUUCAUGUUGCACUUAAAGCGACCCACUCCAGAGGAGGAGAGGCUCACAAACAGGGCAGAGAAUUACCGACUGCAGACAUGGAGCUUUUGCUUAGAGGCCAUGAGGAUGAAGAGGAGGAAGAGACAUGACAGUCAAUAAAAGGACAGGUGUAUAUCCACUGGAUGCCAGUGAUGUGCUGAUUACCAAUAACUACCUCUGAGAUUGUCCAGGGUUAAUGAAAACCUAAUGUGGCCUGUCUCAAACAGUGAGGAGGGACAGAUCCAUCCUAAAACACCCUUGCUUUUCAAAUAACAGGAAUAACCUGUUAGAAGAUACAGUAAUGAAUUAAACUGCCCAGCAGGGGAUUAGAGAAACAGGAUGUGAUUAUAAGUGUAACUGCCAGAGCUGGCCUCUCUCUCUGCUCUUUUAUAAAUAGACUCUUGCAAAACCUUUGGAUCUCCUUAUGUUACAUUUUAACUGUAGCAUGUCCUGAGCAAAUAAUGGCUCUCUGACCAGUGCUAUGACUAAUACUAAGCAGUGAUAACUGACAAGACUCCUCUGAUUUGGCUUCUGGCCAGCUGGAUUUUUAUCCCGGGUUUAACGGUUCAAACUUUGUGAUUCGUCCUGCCCUUUGUUUAUGGGCACUUGUGCUUUUCUGGAUUUGUGAAAGACCGUUAUCCUAAUUAAAAUUUAGAAGGAUCGGUUA